AUGGAACCUCCUCCUGAGCCCGCGGCUCCGCCUCCCCCUCCUCCUCCUCCGCCGCAUCCCCAUGACACAACACUCACGCUGACGUUGGCGCUGCCCCCUCCUGGGCUCGCGUCCGUGCUGAUCUCGCCGAAGCCGCGCGCACGAAGGCCGAGGCCCGAGGGCGGCGCCAGCCCCAGACCGCGGUGCUCGCCCAUCGGCGACACACCGCCGUGCACAGAGUGCGGAAAGCGGUUCCCUUCAUGGAAGGCGCUCUUCGGACACAUGCGAUGCCACCCAGAGCGGCAGUGGCGCGGGAUCACGCCGCCCCCGGCGCACUUCUGCCAGGGCGUUGCAGCCGCACCAGUCGCCCCCGCCGGACAGUUCACCGUGCAGGAGCGCGAGGUCGCUUCCAGCCUCCUUAUGCUCUCCAGUGCGCGUCCCGGCGCUAGCAAGGGCAAGAAGGUCGUUAAUGCUGCUGCUAUUACUCGUAGCGGAAUGGAGAGCUGCGGCACGUCGGCGUCCGCGUCAGUGGUGCCGGGGCCGGCCAACUGCGACGAACACAAGUGCAGCGUAUGUGACCGUGGAUUCGCCAGCGGACAGGCUCUUGGCGGGCAUAAGCGGUGCCACUGGGAUAGGGCCUGCUCGGGGGUGGUGGUGAUCGCCGCUACUGGCAGCGGUGGGUCCCCAAUGUCGACCGAUGAGACGGCGAUUCUAGACCUCAACCUGCCGCCUCCUGGGCCACCUCCGGUGCGGAGGAGCGACCAAGGCAGCAGCCUGAAUGACAUGCUGGAUUUGAAGCUUGGGUACUACGGAUAAACUGGGUUUCAGUGCUUCACCAUGCAUGUAUGCGCUAAGCUAAGUUUGAUAUAUGUAUGUACGUAAGUAGUGUAUGUAUGUAUAUUGAUGUUUGCUU